AUGUCUCUUGUUGUUGCAGCUUUUUGCUCAUUAGACUUGAAGAAAUUCCCUUAUCAACCGAUCGGGGAGUGCGUAGGCUAUCAGGAGAAAGUCCAGGUCUUGGGAAGUAUUGACACAACAAUUUGUUGUAGGAAUGUGCUUAAUGUCCUAACCAAAGCCUUAGCAUGGAACAUAUUCAACAGAGGAUAUGAUUAUACUUUCAUUCCACAAGUUAACUGGACAAAUUGCAACGGUCCAUUUCAUAAACAAAACUCAGUUUCACCGAAUUUAUGUGGCUUUGAUUAUCUUUACAGUGGAAGUAGUCCUUGUUCGAAUUUUCAGUUUUCAUCAAUUAACGAUGAUCCUUAUUACGAAAAUGCCUUAGAUAAGUGUUCAAAAUUUAACUCUUCUUCUUUCAAUGAUGCUUGCUCUGAUUGCAUCCAUGCAAUAGUGGACGCAACUAAGGGUCUAUUAGAAAGUGUAAAUGCAGACAAGAAAGACAGAGCUAUAUGUGCUGUAGCAACUGUCAUUUCUAUUGCAGCUACGAAUAUGGGUGAUCCAUCUACCAUUGAUGAUUUCUAUAGGUGUUUACCAGCCUUAGAUGCCUUCGAUGUGGGUUAUGAAAAAAUCAAGCAUUCUACAUUGAAGGCAGUAUUCGCAGUUCUUGUGGCAAUUACUGUAUUUAUAGCAGUAGUUGUUUUGACAAUGUACGUAACAAAGAGCAGGAGAAAGAGCAGGCAUCCUAAGCCUGUUCGUCAAUCCAAAGAUAUGAAGGCUUGGUCUGGCCUUUACAGAUUUUCCAAGGCGGAGAUUGAGAAUGCUCUAAACUACAGCAAUGAGAGAAAAAGCUUAGGAAGAGGCAGUGCAGGCCAAGUUUAUAAAGGGAUUUUGCCUAGUGGACAAGUUGUGGCCAUCAAACACAUACAUCAAAGUAACACCUCCGAUUCUUUCCAACGUGAAGUUGAAGGUCUUUCAAGAGUUAGACAUCCAAAUCUUGUUUGUUUGUUCGGUUGCUGCAUCGAUGGAACUGACCGAUAUCUAGUUUAUGAAUAUUGUUCAGCAGGAAAUUUAGCCCAACAUCUCCUAAGAAAGGACACACUUUUAACAUGGGAAAGAAGAGUUAAGAUCCUAAGAGACUGUGCACUUGGGCUGAGAUACCUCCAUCAUUAUAUAGAUGGAUGCAUUGUCCAUAGAGAUAUCAAGCUUACAAACAUUCUUUUAACUGAGAAUUUGGACCCAAAGCUGUCUGAUUUUGGGUUGGCAAAGAUGUUGGGAAUGGAAGAGAGCAAAGUAUUUACAGAUGUUAGAGGAACCAUAGGCUAUAUGGAUCCUGAAUAUAUGAGCAACGCCAAGCUAACCUGUGCUAGCGAUAUUUACAGUUUUGGUAUAGUUAUUCUCCAACUCUUAUCAGGACAAAAAGUCAUUGAAUUGGAUCUUGAUGCCAGAGACCAGCUCACAAGAAAGGCAAAAGAUGUAUGUUUGGGAAAGCGUCCGGUUACAGAUAUGGAAGAUCCAAGACUAAAUGGGAAAGUGAACAGAUCAGAUUUUGAAGCUAUAUUACAGAUUGCAGUCUUAUGUGUUGCAAAAUCGAGCAAAGGUCGUCCGACAAUGGAUGUCGUCUUCGACGAGAUGGACAAGGCUUGGAAAAAUACACUUGCUGACAUGCAGAAUAAAACGAUAAGGCUUGAAACAAGCAUGUCUGCAGCUUCCAUGUCAAUGUCAUUGGAGGCAGUUCCAGUUUAA